GCCGCCGCCGGUGCCGGGCUCUUAAGCUGAGCGCCCGCCUCGGGGAGCCAACCGCCGCCCUCAAUCGUCCGCGCGAGGGCUGUGGCGCCGCCGGGCCGGCUAGGAGCCGCGGCCGCCGCGGAGGAGGAGGAGGCAGCAGGCGGCCGGAGAGGCCGCCGCGGCCGGGCGCAUGGCGUCCAUCUUACUCAGGAGCUGCCGCGGCCGGGGGCCCGCCUGCCUCCCGCCGCCUCGCGCCGUCGCCCCGAGGGGUAGUCUGGGGGAUCGUGCUUGUCUCAGUUGUGCCAACACCGUGGGGUUGAUAAGCUGCGUGAAUGUUCCCUUUGGCUGCUGCGCUUCCGUCCACCCUGUGUACCUUUCCUUCAGAGGCGAUCCCUUCAGCUGUUGGACUCGGAGGCCUGAGCGCAUGUGCACAGUGACCCGAGCACAGUGGGCCCCUGCCUCGGCGGGUCUGGUUCUCACGGGACCACAGUUCCUUCCUUUGCGCUGCUGGCACUCGUCGCCCCCACUGAGUGAGGACUCCGUGGUGGAAAAGUCCCUCAAGUCCUUAAAGGGCAAGAACAAGAAGCUAGAGGAGGGAGGCCCUGUGUACAGCCCCCCGACGGAGGUGGCUGUGAAGAAGUCCCUGGGGCAGAGGGUCCUGGACGAGCUGAAGCACUACUACCACGGCUUCCGCCUGCUCUGGAUCGACACCAAGAUCGCCGCGCGCAUGCUCUGGCGGAUCCUCAACGGCCACAGCCUGAGCCGCCGCGAGCGCAGGCAGUUUCUUCGGAUUUGCGCCGACCUCUUCCGCCUGGUCCCCUUCUUGGUGUUUGUGGUGGUGCCAUUCAUGGAGUUCCUGCUUCCUGUGGCUGUGAAGCUCUUCCCCAACAUGUUGCCGUCCACGUUCGAGACCCAGUCCAUCAAGGAGGAGAGGCUGAAGAAGGAGCUGCGGGUCAAGCUGGAGCUGGCCAAGUUUCUUCAGGACACCAUCGAGGAGAUGGCCUUGAAGAACAAGGCGGCCAAAGGGAACGUCACCAGAGACUUCGCUGUGUUUUUCCAGAAGAUCCGAGAGACGGGUGAGAGACCCAGCAACGAGGAAAUCAUGCGUUUUUCCAAGUUAUUUGAGGAUGAGCUGACCCUGGAUAACCUCACGCGGCCGCAGCUGGUGGCGCUGUGUAAGCUGCUGGAGCUCCAGUCCAUCGGCACCAACAACUUCCUGCGUUUCCAGCUCACCAUGAGGCUGCGGUCCAUCAAGGCUGACGACAGGCUGAUCGCUGAGGAAGGGGUAGACAGCCUGAACGUCAAGGAAUUGCAGUCAGCGUGUCGAGCACGAGGCAUGCGGGCCCUCGGUGUCACGGAAGACCGUCUGAGGGACCAGCUGAAGCAGUGGCUGGAGCUGCACCUGCAUCAGGAGAUCCCCACAUCGCUGCUCAUCCUGUCCCGGGCCAUGUACCUUCCAGACACCCUCUCGCCCGCCGACCAGCUCAAGUCCACAUUGCAGACCCUCCCAGAGAUUGUGGCGAAGGAAGCCCAGGUGAAAGUGGCUGAGGUUGAGGGCGAGCAGGUGGACAACAAGGCAAAGCUGGAGGCCACGCUGCAAGAGGAGGCGGCCAUCCGUCAGGAGCACCAGGAGAAGGAGCUGCAGAGGCUCUCUGAGGUGGUGAAGGAAGUGGAGCCAGAAGUAGUGGCAGAAGCUGCCCCUGGGAGGCCAGUCGCCAAGCUACAGCCAGAAGUGCCUGAUGUGAUCCUGCCAUCGGAGGCCCUGAAGGACACCGCCCCCGUCCUGGAAGGCUUGAAGGAGGAAGAAAUAACUAAAGAGGAAAUUGACAUACUCAGCGACGCCUGUUCGAAACUGAAGGAGCAGAAGAAGUCCCUGACGAAGGAGAAGGAGGAACUGGAGCUGCUGAAGGAGGACGUCCAGGACUACAGCCAGGAUUUGCAAGAGAUCAAGAAGGAACUUUCAAAGACUGGAGAAGAAAUAUAUGUGGAAGAGUCUAAAGCCAGCAAAAGGCUGACGAAGCGAGUGCAGCAGAUGAUUGGGCAGAUCGACAGCCUGCUCUCGCAGCUGGAGACGGGUCAGAAGCCCGGCACGCUGGGGCCGGCUGCCGAGGGCUCGCCUGCGGGGGAGACUGUCAUCAGCGUCACUGAACUCAUCAGUGCCAUGAAGCAGAUCAAGCACAUUCCAGAAAACAAGCUCAUCAGCUUGGCCUCAGCCUUGGAUGAAAAUAAGGACGGCAAGGUUGACAUCGACGACCUCGUCAAGGUGAUCGAGCUGGUGGACAAAGAAGACAUUCACAUCUCCACCAGCCAGGUGGCUGAGAUUGUGGCGAUGCUAGAGAAGGAGGAGAAGGUGGAGGAAAAGGUGAAGGCCAAGGAGAAGGCUGAGAAGGAGGCCGAGAGGGAGGCUGCGGAGGGGAAGAAUUAGGGCCGGCCCUGCUCUCAGGCACCUUGGUGGACCUUCGUGUGUCCAUCUCCAUCCCACUUCCCUGGCCGCCACAGUCCUUCCAUGAGAGUGAUUGCUUUGAGGUGAUUCUUAGUGACAAAUCUAAUAUUUUGUCUGGAAUAAAUCGAAACUUCCAUAAUCAAGUAAUUUUUAAUUUGCAUCAUUCCGUGAAGAUUCAGUUCGUCUGCAAUCCCUGAGUCCCCGCAGGGAAUCGUGUCUGGACUCACACAGUGGCACCUGCUGCCGUGGCCCCAGCUAUGGUGGCCAAGCGGGCAGCCUGCUGACAGCCCAGGGGUCAUGGCCGCGCACAAGGUCCCCGGCUGCAGAGGUGGGCUUUGGCCAGACUGGGGCAGGAAGGUGCCUCCCUGCGUGUGCCUGCGCCCUGUUGCUAUCUGUCCCGGGAGAGGACCAGCCAUGUGCACUUCCCACACCUGUGGAGCCCGAGGCCUGCAGAUGGGAAUUAGAUAAAAACCAACACAGCCCUCCUCAGCUCUGGAGAAGACACUUGCAUUAGUCUGUGGACUUGGAUUCCUGAAUGUCAGUGUAAAUAGGACUGAUUCCUGCACAUCUCCAGUCAUCUCUGUUGUGGUUGAGAACACGUGUCCAUCUCUCCGUGGCCUCUGGAAAAUCGCAGUUCUCUGACGGGAGUGUCUCAUGCGAGUUUCCUUUUGUGUGUAUCUCAGAGCUCUUUCUUGAUUUACCUUUGAUUUUCUCCUAGCCCUUUAACCAAUUAACUCGUAGAGAAUUUUCACACAUGACAGUCUGCCUAACUCACGAGUAGUAGCUAAUGUAAGUUAUGCUGUGAGAGAGACUAAUGAAGCCCUUGAAAGUUAAGCAUUUCAUGUUUGAGUAAUGUAACGUGCUCUUGUGGCUUUUAGAACGUUUCCUAAUUUGGGUUGUUAGCACUCGUUGCCCUUUGGGUGAUUGGGAUGGAUUUCAUUGCAUCCAGCGUUGGGCCUGGGCCCGGCCCCAGGGCAGCCUGGUGGGCUCGGGGUGCUCUGAGUGUGCAUGCCCCUGUCGUGGCUCUGCAGCAUCAGGGCCUCCUCGUGCUCAUGACACCGAUUCCCUCGGCCCCUGGCUCUUUUGGAACAAGCAGUCUGGUGGCCAAGCUCCUGGUCCUGCGAUGAGGCAUCCUGAGGGGCUUUCAGAAAGGCAACACCUGGAGUGGCCUGCGCAGCACACAGGCUGGGUUGGAGGCAUAGGGCUUGCCUAGCGCACCUCUGGGUGGAGCGGGGUGCCUCCGUGGGCUCGGUGUCCAGCCCUGGCAUCUGGCUGUCAAUGCCUGGCAGCUCAGGUAGGGCGGCACUCCCUGGGGGGUGUCCUCAGCCCUGUCUGACCCACCCUUCGAAGCCUGGGUCUGGUUGCCGGCAGGAAGGUUCUUUCAGGGAAUCCAGACCUAGGAUUUGGGAGACAGGGAUAGAGUGGCCAGGUUAGCCAGGAGCAGGGGCGGGGCGGGACUCAGAAGCACUAGCUUCUAAAUUACUUGAAACCCUUUACUCAGCCGUUAAAGACACUUGACAAAAUAGGAGUAAGAUUAUAUAUUCUGAAAUGUAAACCUUUGUAAAGUAACAGUUGGGUUCUAAAAGUUUCUUGUUUCAGUUAUUUGAGAAAUAUGUUCUAGAUGCUCAGUUAAUAGUUAUGAAUUGUCUCACACUUGCGUUGGCGCCUGGUUUGGCUGGGAAAGCAUGCUUGCUUGUGAGCUUUGUGGCUGCUAGUGUGCCCCGCAGGUGGCGUCUUCUUUCUUGUGAGUCGGACUUCGGGGCCCAGGCAGCUGUGCCUGGCUCCUGCUCUCACCCUCGCUGCCUUUGCUGGGCGCUCUGGGUGUCCCCACUGCUGCUGUCACUGCAGAGCAGCGGCUGCCGCGGGCAGGCACUGCUACUGUCCCCCCUGCUCUGGUCCUGCCCUCCCGACUUGUCACAUGAGGGCAUGAGGUGCUAGUGGGAACCUUCUUCAGUUUGUGUAAUGUGGGUGAUGGUCUGCUACAGGCUUUCCUGUUCAUUUUGUGUUUGCUUUUACUAUCCUGGACUUUAUUUAUUGCUGCUGAAAUUAGGGUCCAGGUGCGGGUGUAACAAACGGUGGGUCUAGAUAUACAAGAGUUUUGUGUGAUGAGGUUUUUAAGACGCGGCUGUGCUGUGUAAGGGCCUCCCUCCCCAUGCAUUCUCGGGGACGCUCCUGUGUUUCCAGGAGCCUGUGAUGUAUACGCCUGCUUCACAGUGAAACGGGGAUUCUUAGCACGUGUUUCCUCCCUCACUCCACCUAAACACCCAUGUUUUUGGCAAGGAUUCAGGAAACUGGCACGUGGCUUCCAGAGUCAUUUUGGAAUGUCAAAAUCCAGAGUUUUUAAAAAUGAAGGGCACCUUGUAAUUUUUGAGGCGUAGCCUCCAGGCGGUGGUUCUCAUAGUGGGGCCCUGGGGCUGGCAGGGCGGCACCACCAGGGCCCUGUGCCGCCACUGGUUGUCUCCAUGCGUCCAGAGGUCCUGGGCCUGGCUCUACCUGAGAGCCUCCAUCCCAGGCCAUGUGUAAACACGUUUUUCAGAAAUAGUGUUUUUAUUAAAAUAUCAAAUUAAUGUUCCUGUAACAGCUCAAAGUAAGAUUUCUGAACCAUGUGAAACAUCAGAAGUCAAGGUGGGAAAUGUCAGUUGUCUGCGUGUCUGCUCUGUGACAGCUGUGUGGCUUGGUGUCUGCUUCUGGCCUUGCAGCAAAAGCGGGUGGCAAAUGGGGCUGUGGGUUGGCGUGCUACGGGGAGGCCCGAUUCCAGAAGGAGCCUCACGUUCCGGGGCUCAAGUGUGGCUUCAGAUGCUCUUGUUCUGUGGCAGUGGGCCCUGCUCGGCCCGUCAGACUGUGCACCCAGACUGGUCCCUGUGCUGAUGACUAGACACUCAGUUUGAUGUAAGGAGCAUGCUUAAUAAAGCACUGUCUUGACCUGUC